AUGAAGUUGACCAUUCUCACGGCCGAUGGAUUCGCAGCUCUGACGUUGUUAGCAACCUGCUUCAGCGGACUCUCCCUUGCUGCUCCUACUGUUGAAGGACUUGCCCUGGAGAAGCGUGCACUACCGGUCCUGUUGGGCUCUGCUAAAUCUUUCGGUGCACUCAGCGAGACAGCACUUACCAGUAAUGGCGCCACGGCCAUCACGGGUGCAGGUGGAGUAGGAAAUGCUGGAGUUUGGCCGGGUACAGCUAUCACUGGAUUCCCCCCUGGGACUGUUUCAGGCGUCCUGGCACGGGGCACAGUUUUGGCACAGAACGGAAAAUCUGGUUGUCUUACGGCUUACAACAAUGCUCUAUCUAUUCCAGCUACGAGAGCACUUCCAUCGUCAAAUCUUGGAGGAAUUACCCUUACCCCGGGCGUAUACACGUUCCCAACAUCAGCGGUGACCUUGACAGGCACUCUCACACUGAAUGCUGGUGGCGAUGCCAGAAAGCAAUUUAUCUUCAAGGCCACCACCACCUUUACCGCCGCGGCUCUCUCCAGGAUUGUUUUAACUAACAAUGCUCAAGCGUGCAACGUUUACUUCGUUGUCGGCUCUUCAGCAACUAUUGGAGCAGGUGCGCAGCUACAAGGCAACAUCAUCGCAUACACUGCGAUUGGAGCAGGUAAUGCAGCAAGCAACAAAGGCACUUGGUGUGCCCUGAACGCUGCUGUAACGUUGAUCAACAACUCUCUUGUUGCCCAGGCUGGAAACUGCCCUACUUAG